UAUGAGAAGGAAAUGCACGACACGCACACUCUCACACACACACGCAUACACGCACACACACACAGAGCGGAGCAGCGGCGACAGAGAUGUGAAUAUGGAGUAGACCUCAAGCCCUCUCAACAUGUUUCCCGGAGUUUUCUAUGCACUGCUGGCGGGUUUCCUGGCGGCCGUGGCGUCGUCGUCGGCUAAGCUGUCCCUCGGAGCGGACUACCUGAAGGGAGUGUGCGAGACGGGGCUCCGGACGUGGGGCGAGCAGCGGAAAUUUAGACAAGCGGACGAGACUACCGCCUGUGACCGGCUGCACAUCCCGCUGAGGCUGCUGUGUGGCGGCCUGCUUUUUACCUGCAAUGCUGUGAUGUGGACCUUCCUUGCCAAAGCACUCAGGCAUUCCUCCUCUUCCACCCGGACCACUGUGACCACCACUGCCUCCAACUUCGUAUCUUCCGCUUUCCUGGGCCAGCUGAUCUUUGGUGAGGCCCAGAUAACACUGUGGUGGGUCGGGAUAUCCCUGACUUUCUCUGGCCUGCUGGUCCUGCAGAGGGUCUCUCCGCAGGAUCGGCAUCAGGACGCCGUCAAGGCUGAAUGAUAUUGUAUGUUUCGUCUCCGCUAAGCUAUGCUUCUCAGACUGCUGCACCAUGUUUUCUUUCAGUCGUUCUGAUUUUCCGUCCCGCCAAAGAAAAAUGAGAUAUUAUUUUGUGUAGAUUUAUGACAAUUAUGGAACACAGGUAGAAAUGUUGGUCCAAGACAAAAUUAUUUUCAGAUUUUUUUUUCUUAAAAAAAAAAUAGUUUGAAUCGGUUUAUUUUUGGAAGUAAUGUAUAUGUCACCAUUUUGUUGGCUGAGCAAAUCCCUUAAAAUUGUGCAUUACUGGUCAAACAAUAACAAGAAGCUGAUGUUACUAGGGCUCAACCUCUCAUCUGGUCUACAAUGAUUUUUAGCUUUGUCAAUGAAGAUGAUACUAGUGUAACCUUUAAGGCGGGGGUGUCCAAAGGCCAUUUAAUUGACCCGCAUUACAGCCCAGAAUAGUUGUGUUUUUUCUUUUAAACGACAACAAUGUGACAAAAGAGUAACAAGACUAAAUGUUUGCAGAGAAAGUUGCUAUCUGAGUUACAAAGUUUGGACUGGGGGUAUGUGCUAACGCACAUUUUGGUACUGCAUCAAUCCGAUACAAAAUAAAUACAGGUCCGGUAUCGCCAUAGUAUCUAUACUGAUGCCAAGCCCAAUACCUUUUGCUUACUGUAUACACUACCGUUCAAAAGUUUGGGGUCACCCAAACAAUUUUGUGGAAUAGCCUUCAUUUGUAAGAACAAGAAUAGACUGUCGAGUUUCAGAUGAAAGUUCUCUUUUUCUGGCCAUUUUGAGCGUUUAAUUGACCCCACAAAUGUGAUGCUCCAGAAACUCAAUCUGCUCAGAGGAAGGUCAGUUUUGUAGCUUCUGUAACGAGCUAAACUGUUUUCAGAUGUGUGAACAUGAUUGCACAAGGGUUUUCUAAUCAUCAAUUAGCCUUCUGAGCCAAUGAGCAAACACAUUGUACCAUUAGAACACUGGAGUGAUAGUUGCUGGAAAUGGGCCUCUAUACACCUAUGUAGAUAUUGCACCAAAAACCAGACAUUUGCCGCUAGAAUAGUCAUUUACCACAUUAGCAAUGUAUAGAGUGUAUUUAUUUAAAGUUAAGACUAGUUUAAAGUUAUCUUCAUUGAAAAGUACAGUGCUUUUCCUCAAAAAAUAAGGACAUUUCAAUGUGACCCCAAACUUUUGAACAGUAGUGUACAUUAUGAAACCAGAACAAAACACAGGACAAAUAUUUUAGGUACACAAACAGAACAAUCUUAAACUUACUUGUGAGCGAUUUAAAAAAAUACAAAAAAAACCAGUAGUACCUCAACUGGUUCUGUGACGGAGCUCUUAAUUCAAAAUACUUGUAUCUCAAAUCUUCCAUUGAAAUGAAUUGAAAUCAAAGUAAUUGGUGCUUGCACCUCGGGCUGCACAAUUCAUCGAAUUUUAAUCAUGAUCACGACUUUGGCCGCUACGAUUAAAUGAGGGUGAUCGUCGGCGAUGUUAACAUUUAAAAAAACAGGCUUCGCUGCAUUUCAAACCAAGCACGUUGACAACCAACAGUCAGCCAACCACCAGGGGGCGACCAAUAGACAGUGGGCUCAUGUGAGAGCGAGUGACAACAGAGGUUGAAUGUAGAUCAGCCAGUAGCUCCCGAAAUUAUUAGGAAAAAUAAAUGCAUUAUUACAUCAGUGCCUUUCCCUCCCGCAGUUACCCACAGACAUUUAACCCCCGAAUCACAAUCGCACGCCUCGCCGUUCUCUAGGCACUCCCGCUAGUUUCCCAAAACCCAGAAUUUAUAGAGUUGCGGAGACACGUUAAGCAUUAACAACACUUUCCUUCUUUUCUCAACCGCCAUCGUUUGAGCGCCGCCGGCGCAGAGCCCCGACAAACAGCUACAAAAGCGGGAGUUCCCAAAAUACAAACGAGCGUAACAUCAACCGUACCCCGUAUCCAUCCACCUCUCAAAGACUCACCAAAACAUCGGCUGUAAUAGCGUUGUUUUGACCAAAGACAUAUGUCCUAUAUUUAAUGUGAGCAGUACAAUGAAUGUGUUCUUUUGGAUGUGACUUUCAUGCAUAAUCUUAUUUUUUCAUUUGUUUGCACUUUAUGAUCGCACUCUGCAAUGGCAUAUUUUAAUUAAAUUUCAGUUUAAUUAGC